GUUGAAGUCGUGAUCGGAAACGCGGAAGCCCCGGCGAGUAGUGCGUGUCAAACCGCACACGUCGUCCAUCGAAAUUGGAGGCUGCUGUCGGUUUUGUAAGUUGACUCUGAGAGCCUCAAUGCACGCCCCAAGCGCGCACUCUUGACGACGACUAUUGGGCCAUGUUCUACUUCGACACCGUGGCAAGUACAGGGUCGGGCAUCGAGAUGGGCUUUCCUCAGGAGAGCCACCGCCUGAACGUCGCACCGCCUUUUUAUUUCUACACGCUUCCCAAGGCGGGGCUCAAGCUCGUCUUCUGCGACAAACCCCGAUCCUCCGACGGAUACACGAACAUCACCCGGGUUAUGGAGGAGUUCGUUCAUCAUCAGCUGCAGAAGAAGAAGACAAAGAAGUUCGAUGUCUCUGCCAUGAUACUCUCAGAGAUCGCACAUGUAUCCGGAGAGCCACUGGAACAUACGCAUAUGCUGGUCAAAUUGGUGCUCGCGGGAGAUACGAGCAUCCCGAAGGCGAUUCCGGGGCAUGUGUACCUCGUCGGAUGGGUCCCGCAUGCACGGUACGAUACGGCGACGGUGGACUGGAAAGGGUCGGACGACCUGGCUGAGCAUGAGAUCUGGGCUUUGCGCGAGGCGCAGGUGUUACGCACGGACAUGAUCGGAGAAGUGAUAUCAAGGCCUUAGGGUGGAGGUAGGAGAAACAGACUCACUGCUUUUCGUGAUGAGGCUGUGAACAAUGUGACGUAGAGUACAGCUGGAUUCCAACUGGCAGUGUGAUACAAAGAUCCCGAGCUAUACUAGCGCGGAGCACUUCAUUGC